UUCGGAACUGUUCCACGUCAAUUUGAGGUUGUUGGAAAUGUUUACAAACCAAAAGCUGGAAAUAAAUCAUGAAUCGUGUGCAUUUCUACAAACACAGCUACUCUUAGCAGUCAUGGAACGAAAAGAUUAGGAAAAUGGAAUCCUAACAAGUGUUAAUGCUCUUGACUCAUUGUCUCGGCAAAUAGACAGGUCCACUGAUAGCCGACAUGGGUCAGAUGCUCAGGCGCCUGAAUGAGGUGAAUCAGUUUGAUUGUGCCGGGGUGAAGAGACGGAGCAUCUUGAAAUGUGAGGGGUUCCCAGACCUUGCCUCAUUACCUCCUGAACUGGGGCUGGCUGUUCUGUCCUACCUGAACCCGACUGAUCUCUGUUUAGCCUCUUGUGUUUGGGGACACCUUGGAAAUGAUGAUUUCUUAUGGCAAGGCCUAUGCAAGGGUCAGUGGGGAUACACCAGUGUAUACAGGCGGGCUCGCAACAUUCCAGACUUUUCAUUUAAGAGAUUAUUUCUUCUGCUGGAUGAAGCCUCUCUCACUUUUAAUGGGGAGCCUUAUGAGGGAAUGAACUACUUGUUUGAGCAUGAGAUUCUAGAUGAUGACCCUGAAGAGAUAGCCCGGUUCCUUCACACCACAAAGAAACUAUGGCCAGUCCGAAAGCGCCAGUUUCUCAAUGGCAGGAGAGAUGUUCUGGAUAAUUUACUAAAACUACAGAAUUUCCAAGGCCAGUUUUUACCCAAUGCUUUAAGGAAGUUCUUCACAGAGUUCUCUGCCCCUACUCAGCGCGGGAACUACCUGACAGAAGUCAUUGAGAAAUUCUCCCAACAGUUUCUUGCCUGCAACCCUCAGAUCGGACUCAGUCAAGACACGGUGUUCAUGUUGUGUUUCUCUCUCAUAAUGCUGUCUGUGGACUUAGCAUCACCGCACAUCAAGAACAAGAUGUCCAAGCGUGAGUUUAUCAAAAACACAUGUCGAGCUGCAGGCGAAGUGAGUAAUGACUUGGCAGGUCAUCUCUAUGACAACAUAUAUCUGGCAGGUCAUGUGGCACCUUCCUCACACUGUGAAGUAUAGAUGGGAUUUAUACUAACACUACAUACUCAACAGAGCUUUCAAAUACCGGUACCUUCGUCAAGUUUGUGAGGACGUCAAGAGGAAUCGCUACUCUUCUGUUUCUGUUUCUUUUGGAGGGGUGGUUAUUUAAAGUGUUUUCACAUUAGAAUAUCACUGAUUACUAUUAAUUAAUCAUAACGUUUAAUUUUGACGGAACAAUCUGGGCUAUUCAGUUAACACAUAAGCUGUAAUAAGCACCACAGGUGCUUAUGAAACCAUAUACACAACAAGUUAAAUAUCUCUUCAGCGAUCAAGCAGUAGAGAACAAACUUUUUUAUAUAUUGGCUGUUGUGCACUCCUGGGCUGAUGUUUUCUGUGAGAGAUGUGUAAUAUACACAAGAAAAUAUGGUCUUGUAAACUUUCAGUCUCAUAUGAGGUCGUAUAUAAAGACAACUUACAGAUUGGUCAAGAAGUAGGUCAGGGGGCACUUGUUGGAGCUUUUUUUCAUGACCCUCCCUCUCCCUAUUUGAAAUGACCUGUCCCUAAAUAUUGUUCAACUGUACCAUUGUUUCCUGGCCUCAACCAUAUCAUUGUGAUACAUUUUGGCAACCCUCCCUCUCAAGCUGUGUCACCCACUUAGUGCUGAGACCCAGCUGUUAACAGUGCCAUUUUACAUUUCUUUAGUGUAGUUAAUUUCUGCUGAUUGUGUUGGCCACCACAUUUUUUGUUUGAGUGGCUCUUUGUUUGUAUUUUUGGUUUUCAUACUUGUUUAAUUGUUAUGGAAAAGAAGUAUUUUGUAUACUAAAGUGCUUGUUAUGUUUAGCUUGUGUACUCAAGUCUCAUCCAUUAGAUAAGAGGCAACGAACGGGAUCGGGUGGUCAGGCUCGCUGACUUGGUUAAUGCCUGUCAUCAAUCCAAAUUGCAUGCAUCGAUGCUCACGAUGUCAAUCACUGGAUUGUCUGGUCCAGACUCGAUUAGUUACAGACCGCCGUUGUAUAGCUGGAAUAUUGCUGAGUGCGGCGUUACACAACCAACCAAACCAUAAGAUAUUCAGGACAGGCUUAUAGAUUUUCUUGUUUCAUGGACAAGUCUGUGAUACAUUUUGCAAAAGUACACGAUAAAACAAAAAUAAUGCUGUGUUUGAUUGAAAAUGCCUCUUUCUAUUAUAAUUAUUAAAACUUAUAUUUUUAGAGUUUUUUAUAUUUACCUAAAAUGAACCUUGACAGCAAAUGGUAUUUUUUUCAAUUUUGCCUACUGCCUUUUUGGGGGUAUAGAAAAACAUAUUGUAAAAAAUUACAAAUGUGUCUUAAAGUAAGAUCUAGAGUUGUAGAGAGUCAAGUAAACAUUUUGUUUGUCAGUUCAUCAUUACCAUGUUAGUACAUACUGGUCAUGAAUGAGAUAUUAAUUAGAAUUCACAAGUUGGUGAUAAAAUAGAGCUAUACGUGAUAGAUUUAUGGACAUAAUAAUGGAAACAUGGUCAGGGCCCAUGACAGUGAUGGUCAUCGCGAUAGAACUGAAAUACUGUUCAAAGUGACAUUUAACCAAACACGCUUACAGUGAAGGUCACAAAAUAUAUAUUUUCAUCAUGGACAAAGUGGUUUGAUUGAAGAAUAUUCCUUGAAUUAUUCAUCAAUGCCCUGAAAAUAGAUAGAUAUGCAAUUUGGAGGACCAGAAUCAUUUUAUGUUGAGAGUAUGGUCACAAGACACUUUUUGAUAAUGUGUUUGUGUUGGACAGUAUCUCAAUUCAAUGGGUAGUAUACUUGUGUCAGAUAUAGCAUGAACUUGCAUUUAGGAGUGAGUGAGUAUGGUUUUACGCCGCUUUUAGCAAUAUUCCAGCAAUAUCACGUCGGGGGACACCAGAAAUGGGCUUCACACAUUGUACCCGUCGCAUUUAGGAAGAAACUAAACCUUACCAUUUAAGAUUUGUCAUUUGGCACACGAACAGAUCCCUGCGUUUCGAAAGUACAACUAGUCAUGUGUUCACAUGGUGCAUUUUGUGAUAGGCUGUGAUAUAGUGAUAGAUUGCAAGCUUUUGACCUACCUUUCUACUGGGUAUAUCCUAGGAUAUGUGAUGAGUCAGCACCAAUCACACAGAUGCUUGGAGACUAAAAUUUCAUGCUAUUGUCAUCUGUGUAGCAGUCGUUGCUGUGUUAUUACAGGAAUAUUGCUAAAAGCGGCAUAAAACCAUACUCACAGGCAAAUAAUAUUCCAGCAUAUGAAUAGGUGAAAAGCAAUUUUGUGUCAAGCAUGCCUUAAGAAACUGUCCGAUGAACAUUUAGAUAUAUGUUGAUGACAUUUUAUCUAAAAGAUAAUUCAUCAAUCUUCCCAUAUGAGGGGAAAAUUAUUGCUUGCGUUUAAAGUGUAACUGACGAAUUAUUGUGACGGAAACUUAAAAUGGUUGGUCCCUUGCUGGGCUUGAAUCUUGAAUACACCCCCCUCUGUAACAGCCACUUUGGCACUGAUGUUGAGAUACUGACACAACACCACAUGUCAACACUACUUGUCUACACCUUACAAGUUUGUGCUAUGCAACUGAUGGAACAUCUUGUCUUAUUCUGUCAAGAGCCCUCCAUACCUGUGUUGUAAUCGUGUGAUACUUUCCAAGCAUUUCGUUGAGGAUCUGUGUCAAAUCUUGCCUUUCAUGAAUGAUAAUUAAUUUAUGUUGUUUUAUAAAGAAAGCCUUGAAGGACCGAGGAAUAGGUGUGACUUUCAAUUUCUUGUCUCAUGUUUGCUUGAUAUGCAUAUUUAAACAGGGUUAAUGAUGUAAUCUAGCAGCCCUAGAAAAUGCUGGGAGCACGUGACACAGUUAUCAAGGCUCAAAUGCAUUUUCAUGUAAAGUAUGAAAAUUGCCUUGAUCACAAGACUUUUUAGUGAAAAUCAUGCAUAUUCAUGGGCCCAACCACCCUUCGAGGCCUCAUAGGUUUGGUUGAUGAAUAUGCAUGAAUUUACUUGUAAGUCCUGUGCCUUGAUAUUUCUGGGUUUUUUUCUGAUUCCUCUACCUAUUUCUUUUACCACGUAGCUGAAGAAUCGUGUACUGGGUCAUAUGCAUGCAGAGAAAAUCCAGGCAAUUUGGCACCAUAAGUUUUCUGUAAGAAAAUGCACAUGUUUCUAUGAAAUGUUUUGAUGAAAAUGGUACAUUGUAAGAGUUUGGAACUGAUGUAACCAAAGUUAAUAGGUUUGACCUCAUGUACUACUUUGUUGUUUAUGCUACCAUGCUAGCAUUAGAUACCUUUCGUAAUCACACCCAUAGUUGUGUAUAUUCCAGAUGUAUUUAAUACUGAUAUAAGCUCAGCUAAUUGUUGUGAAAUGCAAACCUAAAACCUUAUCCGGUGUGGAUAAUUUGUUUUUGUUGAUUACUAAUUUAUAUGGAAUGUUUGCAAAUGUUGUUAGCGUUUUGUGCUGUUUUCGGACACAGCUUUCUUCAAAAGAAGGUGUUGUCUAGUAUGUUUAAGAUGUACACACAGGGAUUUUAUCCUCUUGUUUUGUUGACACUGUGGCACUGGUUUUGUUGAAAUAAUAUAAGGGUAACACUAUUUUUCAGGGCAUUAUCAUUUGCAAAAGCCCGAGGUCUUCCAUUGACUGCCCAACAAAGGAAGGCAGUUGAAAAGACCAAGGGUUUCUGCAAAAAUAGAGUUACCGUUAUUAUAGCUAAAAAGGAUAGAAUUGGUUAUCAAAUAAAACUAAACAACAAUAUUGGUUUUGAAACAUUUACUGCAAUCAACACACAACGAAUGUAACUGCCAAAGUUUUACGAGCAUGGAAACGUCAUAGAACAAACCAGAUGACGUCAAAAGCUGACUCCCUAUGACGUCACCUAAUAAAGGGUGUGAUAAUGGCUAGUCGUCAAGCAAUAUGAGGGCGUUAUCAGGUUACAGUGGCCCGCUAAUUUCUGAUAACAUGCAGGCAGUUUAAUUAUAAUUCUAUCCAUUUGAGCUCUAAGAAGGCUUAUAAGCUAUGUCACCUGUUUGGUUCCUCAGAUUGCCAUACAAUGUUUCCCUACUGCAAUGAACUGGGGAAAAUAAGGCUAACAGUAUUUCACAAUUUAUCCUUCGACUGUAAUGAUUCACCAAAUUAUAGCAGCAUCACAUUGCUUUGUGCAACAGUAUGCAAUUCACUUGAUAAUGAUACCCUGUCAUGAGCAAAAAGAAAUAUGGCUAAGAAUGUUAGAAUGCUGUAAGAAAUUUCCAAAGUAUCUGCACUUUAUGCCAUGAUACUGUUUCCAUAUGGAAAAUCAUCGGUGCAUAGUUAUUCAUGCAUAUUAAAUGGACAAUGUGGUAUGGAAAUGAUAAUUAAUUACUAUUUUCUGAUGUAUACUACUCAAUGUGUAGAGACAAUACCAAAACAAGUAGUGUCUUCAUGUAAAAUAACAACAGCUACAGAAACUUUGUAUACUAUUUAAAAGAAGUUAAGGACCACCCAAUUCUUUCAUAUUACUAUAGUUACACUGUCAUGGCAUGCAUUGGUGAAAACUAAAAUCUUUCUUCAAGCAUGCCUUAAGAAACUGUCCAGGGAACAUCUGGUAAUAUAUUGAUGAAGUUUCAAGUAAAAGAGAAUUUGGCAACCUUCCCCUUUGAGGGCAUCUUCCUGAGGCAAGGGAGUUAACUCUAAAAGUCCAGUUUCUGGGCUCGAUUGUUGCACCACCAGUGGCUAUUACAAGUUAUGUCCCUUCUAUGCCCUUCCUAUUGACAAUCAGAUUCCACCUCUCAUAUCACGUGCAUUUGCUUCAAAGAAAAUGGCGGCGCCCAGUCAUGAUGAUCUGAUCGAUGAUCAAGAUCUAUUUUGUAAAAAAAUGUGUCUUACCUCGUGAAGAGCAUCAAAUCAUAUGAGCACCUUGAUUAAAAACAUGAAAAGAUUUGGAAAAUAUCUGUCAAUGCCCAGUUGACGGUUCACAUCCUUUGGCAAUCCUGCAGUUCACCGAAAUCUACCCGUUGAAAUUCAUGUUUAUGAACUGAAUGUUGAUUUCAUUACACGAUUUUGAUCGGACUAUGCAUAGAUUUGUUAAUCCAGAUGAAAUAUAACUUUGUAAUUCCAGCCUAUUUCGGCAAGGUUGGAAACUGGACUUUUAUACUCAGUUAACUUCCUUGCCUCGGGAAGAUGUUAUGAGGGGAAAAUAAUUGUACUGAUUCAACAUGACCUGACAGUUGAACCUGCAGAUCUGCAUAAUUCGUGCAGUCAAUAACAUGAGCCGGGCGGUGUGGUUUGGUCACUGGCUACAGUACAUGUGUCGAGUUAGUUUGGAGAAUUGAUGAAUACACAGAGGAUAAACUUCACUUGCACAAUGUUAAACUCCACUGCUGACCCUGUUCAGUGGCAGUAAGGAUAAUAACUGCUAUAGGUAGCAGGGCACAGGCGGCACAGGUGGCCCAGUUGUCUAAGGCGCCGCAGUUCGUUGUGUGGAGUUGCAUCCCUUGCACAUGUCAGAAACCUAUGCUCGUAGAUUCGAAUCCGGGUUCACCCCGAUUAUAUGUUUCUAGGUUUGUCAGCAGCAUACUCUUGCUCAUGAGUUUUACCGAAGUGGUUAACGUCCUAGGCCUGGAUCACCUCGGGCUUUCCUCCUGCAUUAAGCUGACAUGCCGUGAUAUAACUGGAAUAGAGUAAAAAGCAGCAUUAAAUCCAACUCACCCACUCAGUAUAUGUAACAAAUGCAUUUAUGCAGGAGAUAUUGUAUUGAGCCUCAGAUAAAACAACAGUUGAGGUGAUCCGAUUCUCUUGUCUGGCGACAUGAACAAGGCUAAUCCAGGGCUCCAUGCUGACCAAUGCUCCUAUCUUGUGUUGGUUGUGAGGACGGCCGAGGACACAAGUUGUUACAGAGCUGACAUGCCAGCAUUAGAAAUUAGCACUAGUCCUGUAGUCCUUGCCAAACUGCCCAAUAGUUAAGGUAUCAUUAGGACUAGUAGACAUUAGCCAUUAUUAAGGGUUUUGCUAUAUGCUAUCAUUAUAAGGACGAGUGGACUAAAACUGUUAGUUUCUAACGCUGCAUGCUUCAAAGAAUAAAGAAGCAUUGUCAUUUUGAUAUGAAGUUUGACCCACACAUGUACGAGAUCUCUAAAUUAUUUAUUUGUUUCAUGAUGUUGUUCUCAGAGCUGGAAUGUUGUGAUUUGACAUUUUACAUUUAUUUCUUGUUUUACAUAUUUAACAUCUAACAUAUUUGUGUUAACUUUGGUUAAUUUUUGCAUCCAAUUAUUUCUUGGGAGCAUGUAUGAAAAGUCAAGUUUGUUGUUUUCUUCGGAAAUAAUCUUUUAAAAAUGUUAUUGGGUUAAGAAACUUCCAGAUAUUUAAUUACACUCGUAUAUAGACAUUUAAUAUGGUUUAUUUAAAUGGGUAAACAAUAUUUAUGCUGUGGCAUGAUGCUGCAAACAAAAUAAAACGAAAUGAGGCCAGCUGGGUUGGAUGUGUGACCAAAUCGGUAUGCACACUUCCUUUGACUUUGUGUGUGGACAUGGCGACGGUUGGAGUAAUGGACUUCUCUAACAUUGUUGAAGUGCUCUUAUGAUAUAAAGACGUUAUAUAAUGUAUUCAAUAGAGGCUGUGAUCAAAAUUUUGUAAAUAUAUUUUUAUAAUAAAAAUAAAAUUAACACUG